GCUCUACACACCCUACUCCUUCUCUACUUGUCCCUAUCAUUCUUCCACGUUGCAUCCUUCUUGGAUACGGCAUGCAGCACGCCAUGUCUAUCGUCGCCCCCAUCUCCGCGUCUCCAUUGGCGCGCUUCUACUAUCUCGAGAUCUCCUCCAACCUCCACACCAUCCGCAGACACCUAUCCACCUCCUCUCGAUCCUCGUCCUCUGGCACAUAUCAACGGUCCGAUUUCACCAACCAGCCAUACACCGGCUACUAUGAACCCGGUGGCCCUACUGAAAGAUGCCUAUACGCCCCCUCGCAUCACCCCCUCCCUCCUCAAGCAACACCUCGAUGCCUUUGUCGUUGGCCAAGACCGCGCCAAGCGAACCCUUGCCACCGCCGUCUACAACCACUACCAGCGUAUUCAAGAGCUGCAACGCCGAGAUCAGGAGGAAGAGGAGCUAUUGGCGCAGGAGGAGAGACGGCGAAUCGCCAUUCAUCCCAGACAUCCCGUAGAAGAUGAAUACCCCGGCCAACCGCAAACAACCACUUUGAGAGGAGACGGAUGGAACGCUGGUGAUCAACAAUCCCAUCAGCAACAACCUCCCCCUCGUCCCUCCCGUGCGGCGCAACAACCGCCGCCUCCUCUUUACGACCCCACUCCCCUUACUCUAUCCAAAUCUAACAUCCUCCUACUCGGCCCCAGUGGUGUGGGAAAGACACUAAUGGCGCAAACUCUCGCUCGUGUUCUGGAAGUCCCCUUUAGCAUGUCCGACUGCACUCCCUUCACACAAGCUGGUUACAUUGGCGAAGAUGCCGAAGUAUGCGUGCAGCGACUGCUCGCAGCCGCCAACUACGAUGUUGCUCGGGCGGAGCGUGGAAUCAUCUGCUUGGACGAGAUUGACAAGAUCGCUGCUGCGUCGAAAAGCGCAGGCGGAUACGUCGGAAGAGACGUGGGUGGUGAGGGCGUGCAGCAAGCAUUGUUGAAACUCGUGGAAGGUACCACAGUUCAAGUACAAGCAAAACCAGAAAGAGGAAGUGGAGGCGGAGGAGGACGAUCACCAUCACAGCAGGGCUAUCCUCCUUCUCCCACCAACAGCCCCCUAUCGUCGGGUAACAUGGGCCACCCGAGUGGUCAGCAGUCCUCUCCUUCCGCCGGCGCACCCGGGCAAAAGGGCGAGGUGUACAACGUCAAGACGGACAACAUAUUAUUCAUCUGUGCCGGCGCUUUCAACGGCUUGCAUAAAGUCAUCUUGGACCGAAUCAGCAAAGGCAGCAUUGGAUUUGGCGCAACAGUACGCGCCAUUCCAGGAACCCCGUCCUCUCCCACUAGCAGCUCAGGAAUGCACGAAACCCUCAUCGAAGGCGAAGACGACUUGUUUGAAAUGCACCUACCCUUCUACACGCCCCCGGAGUCCGCCUCUACCACCAGCGGCCAGAAAGAAAAGAAGAAACACAACACCCUCGACCUGGUGCAACCCCAAGACCUCCAGAAAUACGGCCUCAUCCCCGAACUCGUCGGCCGCCUCCCCAUCUCCUGCGCCCUCUCCUCCCUCUCCAUCCCGGCACUCGUCCAAGUCCUCACCGAACCCCGCAACUCCCUGCUCAAACAAUACGAGCAUCUCUUCCACCUCUCCUCCAUCGAGCUACGCUUCACCUCCGCCGCCCUCUGGGCCGUCGCCGAGCGCGCAAGCAAAAUGGGCACCGGCGCGCGCGGCCUGCGCACGGUAAUGGAGGGUUUGCUGGCGGACAGCAUGUUCGAGUGUCCCGGCAGUGGAGUGCGGCAUGUUCUCGUCAACGAGGAGGUUGCGAAGCGGAAAGGUGGAGCUGUGUGGUUCUACAAGGGCCAGGGUGGGCAAAUGCGCGGCAUGAUUGAGGAGGAAGAGGUUGCGUGGGAGGAGAAGAAGAGGCUUGAGAGGGGUGAUGGUGCUGGGGAGGAGAAGGCGGGGUUGAUCCCUUCGAGGACUUUUGAGGAGUAUCGCGAGAAGGUUGGCGCGGCGGGCUUUUAGGGAUCGCCGCUGUUGCCGAUGACGCCGCCGCGAAUCAAGAAGUUUUGUUUGCCGGUGGAGGAGGACAGGGAUGGAGGCGGGUAUUUCUGACUGAGAGAGUCUGGGUUUCCCGCCCGUGCCUCCGCCGGAUGGAGAAGAAUCGCCGAAUGCGUUUC